UGAACAACACCGAGGCAUCACUGUUUUUCUUUUCAAGAAAAGGACAGAAACUAGAGGUUCACCCCCAUCAUUUGCCCCAAGAAAAUGUCAGCAAAUGAGCCUUCAUCUCUGUCUGUGUGUAUAAGUAGUGGAUUAGUUGAGCCAUGGAGGUUCAGGUAAGAUAGGAUAGCAGUAGGGGUACAUGGAGAGGAAAAGAAAGGAGAUGGAGAAGGCCAAGUCUGGGCUGAGGCUGGCCAUGGAGGAGCUCUGUUUAUGCAGUCCAGGAGAUGUGGAGGAGAAGCAGGAGCAGGUGCAGCCAAGGUCAUCCACCAUGGACCUCCUCUCUGUCUCCAAGCAGCUCCUCCAUGUCCUUGAUGAGAUUGGACCAACGUUGCUAGUCCUGAGGCAAGACAUUCAGCAAAACAUUCAGAGAUUACAAGAUCUGCAUGAAAGAGACUCUUCCAAAUAUGUGAGCUUGACGGCGAUAGUUACAGAGGAAGUGGAGCAAGAGACAGCAAAGAAGACCAAAAGCUGCACCAGAGCUAUCAUCUGGUUGUCUAGGUCGAUAAGUUUCUCAAAAUAUUUACUGGAGAGGCUGCUGAAAGCCCCAGAAUUGAGCCUGAGAGAGAUUGUGGAAGAAGCCUAUGCUAGUACUCUAAAGCCAUGGCAUGGUUGGAUCUCAUCGGCUGCUUAUAAGGUAGCAAUGAAGCUCGUCCCAGAAAGAGAAGUUCUCAUAGCGCUGCUGAUGGGUAACUGUCAAGACUUUGAGGAUCUUGCGGAAGAUGCGAAAAUGUUGACCUAUGCUGUCCAGCCCAUGUUAGAGGAGAUCGAUGCAAUCUCGGUCAGAGUUUUGAACUUCACAUCUGUCUAUUACCAAGAUAAAAGUUGCAAUGAAAGAUCAGAAUUUCUUGCUCAUACAUGCAGUAUAUAUAUGUGUGGUUUGCAGGCUAAACACAACUUGGACAAGAUGAAAUCCUCUUAGGAUUUUGCCGAUCGCCUGUACAUAGCUGCAUAAUCGUACCUAACCUUGCGUCGUACUUGUAAUAGUGAAAGGCCUUAUUUUUUUUGGUGUUCUCUUGUAGGUUGCAAGUGACAAUUUGAAUGUGCAAAACUCGUUGAGUGUAUUCCUUCCCUUGUAGUUUUAGUGGAUCCAGGCUCGAUCGAAUAGUGCAUGUUUUCUUCAAAAAUCAAAACUAGCUACUUCUUUCUUCCUAGCUAGACAGAGAGUUGUGCUUAUCCUUGUAGUUUAGUGGAUCUUGUCCUUACAGUUUUUUGAGUGUUAUGCAGAGAAGAAAUGAUCUGUUUGAUACA